UACUACAGGCUCUUUUCCGUCGUUCAUUCAACAUCACUUCGCGCGAAUGCUCUCAUAGUUGUUUACACUACGAAAAUGAUGACUGCAUUCACUUCGACUACCGUGCCGGAAGCACCUGAAGAUCCACUCUUCAGUGUGAUGGUUGCAUUUCGAAAUGAUUCAUCCGAGAAAAAGAUUGACUUGAGCAUUGGAGCGUAUCGGGAUAAUCAAGAGAAAGUAUGGAUUCUGCCAGUGGUGAAGAAGGCUACUGCGACGACUGCAAUGAGCCCAGACUACAAUCACGAGUACCUCCCAAUUAUCGGAUUGGCGAGGUUCAUCAAAGCUGCACAGAGAGUUUGCCUGGGAAAUAGUAGCGAUGUAAUAAAGGACAAUCGUAUAACAUCCUUACAAACUAUCUCUGGCACCGGCGCUCUUCAUCUGGGUGCUUUAUUCCUUUCCAAAUUCUACCGUCCAGAUGGUUCCAACAACACGCCAACCGUCUACAUGUCCUCGCCUACUUGGUCGAAUCAUCCCCAAAUUUUCAAGCUGGCCGGGCUUCCUACAGCCACAUACCGCUAUUUCAAUGCCUCGACAAGAUCCCUAGAUUUUGACGGAAUGUUGACGGAUCUUGCAGCCGCUCCGCCUAAAAGCAUCAUCCUUCUUCACGCUUGCGCCCAUAACCCAACCGGCAUAGACCCGAAUCCACGGCAAUGGGAGCAGAUUGCCACAAUCAUGGCUGAGAGACAUCAUUUCGCCUUUUUCGACAGCGCCUAUCAAGGCUUCGCUUCAGGCAGUCUUGAUCGCGAUGCGAUUGCGCUUCGACUAUUUGCCUCCUACGGUCUCGAAAUGUGUAUCGCACAGUCUUUCGCUAAAAACUGCGGGAUAUAUGGUCAGCGCGUGGGGUGUUUUCACUUCAUAACGUCGCCUGCAACGGAAGCAGACACACUCGAGACUGUCACGCGCAUAGGCAGCCAGCUGACCGCUCUGCAGCGUGCCUGUAUCUCUAAUCCACCUGCCUACGGUGCCCACGUUGUAUCACUUAUACUCAAUACACCCGAUUUGUUUGAAGAAUGGGAGGAGGACUUGCGCGUCAUGUCAGGUCGUAUCAUGCAUAUGCGCCAACAAUUGAGAAUCAAGUUGGAGGCACUUGGCACACCAGGCUCAUGGCACCAUAUUACUGAGCAGAUUGGGAUGUUUAGUUAUACCGGAUUAACCACUGACCAGUGCCUUCAGAUGCGGGAGAUGCACAUAUAUAUGCCCCUCAAUGGUCGAAUUUCGAUGGCGGGAUUGAACUUGAAGAAUUUGGAUUACUUCGUCAAGUCAAUGGACAGGGUCGUGAGGGAAACAGAAGGUUUUUCUAAGGUGGUAAAUGGAAAAUGA